AAAGUUGAACGACGUGUCGUUCUAUUUACUCAUAUAUCGGAAUCGGACAACCCUUCUUCUUCCAUUUUGGGAGCGAAGAAGCGAAAGACGAAGGGCGGACGGACUGAGUGACGACUGUUCGGAGGAAGCGAAUCUGAUAGUUAUCCUCUUCGCAGAUUGGGUUUCUAAAGAGGGAGGCAUCUAGGUUGAUUCUUGUUUGGGGAAAUAAUUGGAGGGGGAAUUUUCAAAGGGGAUAAAUAUGCUUCAGAUCCGGCUUAGCAAAGUUCCACAGGCUGAAAGUGGUGGUGGGGCAGUGAAGCCCUUGCCGGCGGAGUCUGUGACGGUCGCAUGCCCUGACCACCUCGUUCUUGCUGAUCUUCCUGUAGCGAAGGGCAUUGGUGCGGCUACUGCUGCUUCCAUUGUGAAGUCUGUGGGUCGUAGGUCUCGCCGGCAGCUUGGAGAACGAGUUCAUUUUUGUGUCAGAUGCGAUUUUCCUAUUGCAAUUUAUGGUCGCCUGAGUCCUUGUGACCAUGCUUUCUGUCUUGAUUGUGCAAGGAGCGAUUCUUUAUGCUACCUCUGUGAUGAUCGUAUCCAGAAGAUUCAAACUAUAAAAUUGAUGGAGGGGAUCUUCAUUUGUGCAGCCCCACACUGUCUCAAGUCUUUUCUUAAGAGGACUGAAUUUGAAUCUCAUAUACACGAGAGCCAUGCUGACCUUCUUAAGCCAAAUGCGGACAAGGAAGAUGGAAAUGAAAUUGAGGCUAAUAGCGCCAAACAAUCUACAGCUUCUGAAUCCACCGUCCGAGGUCCAUUGAGACCACUCAUAUCUCCGGGUUCCAAUUCCCAGCCUCAAGAACGUGAUGAAAAGUUUCAUCGACAACAAUCUAGAGACCAACCCAGAUCUGGUAUGCAGCAAAAGCAAACACCAAGUUUUGGUCAGAACCAAAACACUACAUCUGAGUCUCAACAAGACAGCGGUCAUUCACAAGGCUUUGAUCGACAUGGCUCUCAUGGCCGUUUUCCCCCUCAAAACUUUGAUGCACAGGGUGCUCCACAUCAGGACUCCAGCCAGUUUCUAGAGAAGCAGCAAGGAAUUCUAUCCGAUACUCCAUAUUCUCAGUAUCCUCCUUUACAAACAAUUCCACCACCAAAUUAUGUGGUUCCGGCCAACUCCAAUCCAAUGUUGACCCCCCCUCUGCCAUUUGGUUAUCCCCCUUUUCCAAUUGAGGGAGCACAACAAUAUUACAAUACACCUUAUGAAGUAUCACGGCAAGACACUGCAGCAGAGACCGGAUCUGAGCAAGGGUCACUCCUAGGGUUUCCACCAGGUGCGCCAGGAGGAAUGAAUUUCUCAGCAACGUAUCCACAGUCCUGGAAUACUGGGCAAGCUGGCAUUCCUUAUGAGCAUGCUGGUGGAGGUCAAGGAGAUUAUAGACGCAGCCCUGGACGUAUGCCUGUGAAUUCUUCAGCAGGUAAUGCAAUGGACAUAAGGGAUGGUAAAGGUAUAUUGGCACCACAGCCUCUAAUACAAUUGCCUCCACCGCCUCCGCCCCCACCGUACAUGUCACAUAACAAGCGUGGUAAGUUUUAUUCAGGCGAUAUGGAUCAUGAUGGGCAAAGCCUUGGAUGGCAGAAUGACAGCCAUAGUCGAGAUAGCUUUGGAAGUGGCCAAGAUUGAAUUUUUUUCCCCAUGGUAUUCUUUGUGUCCUUUGCCAUAUAGUUCCUAUCAUUGUUUUGAUAAAAAUUUGCAUCAGCUUGAUAAUGUCUGUAUUUGAACUUGAUGCUCAAUGGUAAAAGUUCUGCCCUUGGAGGCCUUUUUGAGA